AUGAUCUCAAAGAUACUCAUCAUUCUUUGUUUAUUCAUCACAACAACCGCUGCGCGCCCGUCUAAAAUUGAAGAAGACGGGCUCAAGUCGCAAGACGAACAUGACGUCUUUAUCAUGAAGAAAUCUGAACUGAAAAACGGCUGGUGCAAAACACUUCCAUUCAAGCAAACCAUCAAAGUCGACGGCUGUUUACCAGUCACUGUCAAGAACAACUAUUGUUACGGCCAGUGUAAUUCGUUGUACAUACCCAGUCACGAGUCUCCCCUACCCCUGUUUAAUACUUGCGCCAGCUGUCUGCCACAGCGCACCUUCACGAAAACUGUCACACUUCGAUGCCCGUCACUUUCGGUCAAGUUCAGGAAACACAAAUACACGUACAGCAAGAGGUGUCGGUGUUCGUCGGUGAAGCGAUAG